UUUUAUAAAUUCAAACUUUAAGAAAUAAUGAUUUUUACACAUUGUUUAAGAUGGUCGAAAAAUUAUCUUCAAUUACUAGUCCCAAGUUACCGCCAAAAUAUUAAAUCACCUAUGUUAUACAUGAGUAACGAUAGGAAACAAAGUAAUUUGAGUGAUUAUAUUGUUUGGCUAGAUAUGGAAAUGACUGGACUUGAUGUAAAUACAUCCCACAUUUUGGAAAUAGCAUGCUUAAUCACUAAUAAAGAUUUAAAAAUUAUAAGCAAAGAUUUAAACAUUAUUACGUACCAACCAGAUGAGAUAUUAAACAAUAUGGAUAGUUGGUGUUUAGCAACUCAUCAGAAAAAUGGAUUAAUUAAUGAAUCAUGUCUAAGUAAAAUUACAGUACAAGAUGCUGAACAAAUUAUAUUAAAGUAUCUAAAAUCAUAUAUAGAAGAAGGAACAUGUCCACUAGCAGGAAAUUCAGUUUAUAUGGACCGUAUGUUCUUACAGAAAUAUAUGUCAUCAGUUAAUAAUUAUUUACAUUAUAGAAUUAUUGAUAUUUCUACUAUUAAAAGCUUAGUUAUGAGGUGGAAUACAAAUAUACCUAUUCCAGAAAAAAAUUCUAAUCAUAGAGCAUUGCCUGAUGUAAAAGAAAGCAUAAAAGAAUUACAAUAUUAUAAAAAUAAUAUAUUUGACCUAUGUGUUAAAUGA